AUGGCUAGCAACCCCUACCGAUUCCAGUCCGUCGACCCACGGAACGACACCCAGGUUCUUUAUCCUGACCAACACAAAGGAGAGAGAGAUGACAAUGGCGUUGACAAACUUCACCGUGUGAUUACGUAUGCGUAUCGCAUUGCGUCGCAUGUCUGCCUAGCAAUCAGGAACCUUAAGCAGCUUAUCGAUGUCAUUGCGAAGAAAACCGACGAGGAGGGCGGGGCUGGCGAGAGCGCGACUACGAUUGACCUUGAGCGUGGUCACGUUAGACACAUCGACUGA